AUGUUUGCUCCUAUUAGAAAAGAUGAGUUGGAUGUUUUGGUAAAAUCUUUAAAGAAAGCUGCUUUGGUGGGUGAGGCUGUGAAUGUUAGUCAUGUUGUACAGACUUUGAUUGAAGAUAUAGUGUUUAAGAUGAUAUUGGGUAGGAGUAAAUAUCAACAGUUUGACUUGAAGAUGAUUGUUAGACAAACAAUGAUUUUAUUUGGAGCUUUCAAUCUUGCUGAUUAUGUUACUUGGAUGGGCUAUUUUGAUCUUCAGGGAAUUACACGAGCUUGCAAGAAAACAAGUAAAGAACUAGAUAAAUUGUUGGAGGUGAUAGUAACCGACCAUGAACAAGCUAUUAAUGUAGACACCCCUCAUCAUGAACAAGAUUUUGUAGACACGCUUCUUUCAACUAUGCAUCAAACUGUGGAUUUAGAAAAUGAACAAAAUAAUGUUAUCAAUCGUACUGACAUCAAGGCAGUAUUACUAGACUUGACAUUAGCUGGAAUUGAUACAUCGACUUCCGUAGUUGAGUGGGCGUUAUCUGAACUUUUAAGGAAUUCAAGAGUGAUGAAAAAUCUUCAAGAUGAAAUACAAAAUGAAAUAGGGUGUAUGAGAAUGAUUGAAGAGAAAGAUUUGAAGAAGUUAAGUUACUUAGAUAUGGUGGUCGAUGAGAUAUUAAGACUUUAUCCCGUUGGACCUUUACUAGUCCCUCGUGAAUGUAGAGAGAAUAUAACAAUUGAUGGAUCGACUAGAUUGAUCCUAGGACUCCUUGGAUAUUAA